UUAAGCUUUCUACAUCUCUGAUCUUUCCUCAAGCUCAGCUGCCAUGGCGGUCACCUCGGGUCGAGAUCUCGACGUAAUAAACGUCGUCGUUUUGGGUGUAAUAGCAUGGACAUUGGCUUUCAUUUCCUUGAGAAAACUCCUUCCAAAGAGAUCUUUUGAGUUCUGCAACCGCCUUGUCUCCACGCUCCAUGCUUGUUUGGCUGUCACUUUGGCUUCCAUCUCUGUGCAGAAUUGGCGAUGCCCCAUUUGUCCUCUCGCUUCUCAAGCUUCACCCUUUCAGAUGCAAACAUUGGCUGUGACCUGUUCUUAUUUGAUCUAUGAUAUGGUGUGUUGCCACUUUGACAAGAAAGUGAAUGUGGACAAUGCCAUCCAUCACUUGGUUUGCAUUGUUGGAAUUGCAGCUGGCUUUGCUUAUCAAAAGUGUGGGUCAGAGAUGGUAGCAGCGUUAUGCAUAACCGAGAUCUCAAGCCCCUUUCUCCAUUUAAGGGAAAUUCUCAAAGAAAUUGGUUAUAGAGGCACGGACCUUAAUUUGGCUGCUGAUAUCGGAUUUGCUGUGAUAUUUUCAUUUGGAAGAAUGGUAGGAGGGCCUUAUCUCACCUACAUGACUCUAUCCGCCACCGGCGUCCCUCUUCUUAUUAAGGCCAUGGCUCUAGGAUUGCAGCUUGUCAGUGCCUACUGGUUUUACAAGAUCGUGAGAAUGGUCAGAUUCAAACUCAACAACAGAUCUACAUCGAAGAACAGUUAAUCUCAGCUAAGGAAUCAACAAAAAGAUAGAACUCUUACAAUUUUAUGUUCAUCAAAUCCCAUCAGUAUCUUGGGAACAGUGACACUGCAAACAAAAACAGUGCAAGAACUUUGCAAUGAACUGUGUAUUCUGUAAACUGAGCUGCAGAUGAUCAUGUUUAGAUUAAUGAAAAUCACAAUGAACCAUUUCAUCUCA